CCUCCUUAAGCCUUAACCAUCUCUCUCUCUCUCUCUCUCUCUCUCUCUCUUUCGACCUUGGUGUGGUUUGACCAUUCAGUUGGGUUUCUAACCCCUAGAAGCUUGCAGAGCAGAAAGCCAGAAAACAGAGCUUUCCUCCUUUCUGUUGCUUCUUUCUUCCUCUUGUUCAUCGUUCAUUACAACCAUUAAAUUUCUAGUUUUCUCUCUCUCUCCCUCAGUUUAGAACCAGUGACAAAACAAAGAUGACGAAGCAGAAUGUGGUCAUCUCUGAUGAAGACUCUGCAAUUAACAUGGCGAUUACAACGUUGGCCGAGUCUAACUCGUCCCUGUCCCUGUUUUCAUCUUCGGGGCAGAAGCCACCCAAUCCCAAGAAUCCAAAGAAGAAGUUUCAUAAUAAUCUUGAAAUAACCCCUGGACCCAGAAUCAAUGCUUUGGUUGAUUCAAUGAACGCUUCCUCUCCAACUCAUAUCAAGUCCUCUGCUUCUCUUUCUGCUAUCGAAGAACAGGGUUCUUGGAUGUUUCAUCACCCAUCGGCUUUGAGUAUGUUCGAGGAAAUUACUGGUGCUUCAAAGGGGAAACAAAUCGUUAUGUUUCUUGAUUACGAUGGUACCCUUUCACCGAUUGUAGAGGACCCUGAUCGAGCUUUCAUGUCUGAUGCGAUGAGGGCAGCUGUUAGAAACGUGGCUAGAUACUUUCCCACUGCGAUCGUGAGUGGAAGGUGCAGAGACAAGGUGUAUAACUUUGUAAAAUUAGCAGAGCUGUACUAUGCUGGUAGCCAUGGUAUGGAUAUUAGAGGACCAGCCAAAGGUCGCAAAUACAAGAAAGCUAAUCAAGCGGUUCUUUUCCAACCUGCAAGUGAAUUUUUACCCAUGAUUGAGGAGGUUAACAAAGCAUUAGUGGAGAAAACCAAAUCGAUUCCAGGAGCAAGAGUUGAAAACAACAAGUUCUGUGUUUCGGUGCACUUUCGGUGUGUUGACGAAAAGAAUUGGAACGCCCUCGCGGAAAUGGUUUGGUCAGUGCUCAAAGACUACCCAAAGCUUCGACUGAGUCAAGGGAGGAAGGUGCUAGAGAUCCGUCCUACCAUUAAGUGGGACAAGGGGAAGGCACUGGAAUUUUUAUUAGAGUCACUUGGAUUUGCCAAUUGUAAAGAUGUUUUGCCAGUUUACAUUGGUGAUGAUAGAACAGAUGAAGAUGCAUUCAAGGUCUUGAGGGACAGAGGACAAGGGUUUGGUAUUCUUGUCUCUAAAAUUCCAAAGGACACAAAUGCCUCCUAUUCUCUUCAAGAACCCUCUGAGGUUAUGAACUUUUUGCUGCGUUUGGUAGAGUGGAAAAAACUCUCACCAAGAGGAAUCCCAAAGGUGUAAAUAAAUACGAGAAGAUUUUCCUACCCAAGAGAAAAAAUUACACCGGGUGGGAUGAAGAGUAGAUUAAUAAUUAUAUGUAAUUUCUUUAUUUAGAGAGAAAAAAAAGGGAGGGAAAAAAAAAAAAAAAGAAGAAGAACAAGGAGAAAUGGUAAGCAUUUUCUCCUAGGAUUGAAGGCAUUGUAAGUCUUGUAAGUACUUCUAUGUACAAGGAAGAUGAACAUGUAAAUUUUGUAAUCUCUCUUUAUCUUUUCUUGUGGAUCCUUUUUUUUUUAAAGAAAUUAAUGUUGGAAUUCAACUUCUGCAACUUGUUUGAUA